AUGGCGCAGGCGCCGCCUGCUUACAUCAACAUCCCCCAGCCGGGAUCUAAUCCAGACACCCCGUCCGAAAUACCUGGCACCCCGACCAGCACCACGACCUCGCUCUCCGCGCUGUCGACAACCGCCAUCAAGGACGGCCACCGCGGUCACAUGCCCAGCGGUCCCCUCGGCCGCGGCCACCAGCACACGCCCUCCACCACGAGCCUCGAAGCCGAACGAGCCGAUCGCAUCUCCCGCCUCGCCGGCCUCGAGCGCGUGUCCACGCUGCGCGCGCCUCCCCAGUCGCCCCAUCCGAUCGCGACCGGCGCCACGACCGGCGUCGCGGGCGGCGCAUCCUCGCUCUCGCCCCAGACGACGCCCACCUCGACCACGGGUUUCCCCGCCAAUUUUCCGGCGUCGCACAACCUCACCCCGUCCUACUUUGACGUUAACGGCCAGCCCGUCGCCGUCACCAAGAUGAGCACCGUCGGCACGGCAUCGGCGACGGAAAGUAGCCACCACGACGGGGCCGGCGGCUCGCGGCAGACGGCCGGGGACGGCGACGAGGACAUGUUCAGCAUGGACACCAACUACCGCGAGACGGCCGAGUCGGUGGCUAGCAUGGCGGCGGAGCCCGACGCCAUGGACGAGGACAUGGACGAGGGCGUGGCCACGCGCUCCGUCGGCGGCUACGAGGACCGCAUGAGCGAUGACGGGUCCGCAUCGCUGGCCCGCGCCCGGCUCCGCGUCGCAGAGCCAGCAGCAGGCGCCGCCGUGGAGCGCGACGCCCUCCGCCGCGAGCGCGACCUCGCCGCCACUCCCGAGAUGCCGGCUAGCGCCGCGGCGCUGCAGGAGCGCCGCGAGGCCCGCAUGAUUGACGGCGUCGCCGCCGACGCGGGCUACCCCGGCCCGGAGUACGAGCCCUACGUGGACACCACGUUUCGCGGGCCCCUGCCGGCCAACGCGUUCCGACACCAACAGCAGCAGCUGCUGCCUGGAGAUAUGCCGGGACAGUUUCCGUCUGAACGUGACUGA